UAUGAGCGGCCCAUGUGACUAGUGAGGAGAUAGGCCAACCUGCUUGAUAGCAUUGAACUGCAUUUUCGUCUCCUAAGGCAGCGUUUUCUUGUAAAUUUUCGUCAACGUUCAAGUGAUACAGUUGUAGAGAAAGGCUUAAAAACGGCUUUUUUCAAGGAUUUUGUCACGUAGUCAGUUUACAGCCAGAAAAGUGGAGCUGACGGCAAAUUUAGAAGAAAACUCGGCUGCCCUCAUGACGUCCGACCGGGGUACCAGUGGGGGAGCUGAGUUGACGUUGACAACACCGGUCACACCGAAGACAGCUGCUGGGUUAAAUCCAAAUGCUACCGUCUUCUCGCUCAGCAAUAAAACCAGCACAACUCAACCUCAGCCUGACACCUCAACGUGGGAUGGAGUCAAUGCAAAUGAUGAGUACCAGCAUGCCAAUGGUGAUGUAGGUAAGGGAGAAGUGGGAGGGGCAGAUACUUCGGCUGAGUCGCCCCUCUCCAGCGAUGUCUCCUCCAGUUACACUGACAACCAGCUCCCUGCCGUCACAACCUUCCCAGCGGAGAACACUGUUGUCGACGCAGAAGACAACAUUGUCAAUGCCAACAGUGUGACUGAAGACCAGCUGCGACAGAUGCUGAAGGAACAGCUGGAAAACUGCUUCUCCAGAGAGAGCCUUGCCAGUGAUCGCUACCUGCAGUCGCAGAUGGAUGCAGACCAAUAUGUUCCUAUAGCAACUGUUGCCAACCUACAGCAGAUUCAGCAGCUCACAAAUGACCUUGACCUUAUCACAGAAUUACUUAAAGAACUACCAAAUGUUCAAGUACAUGAAGUAGAUGGGAAAUGUGAAAAGGUUCGUCCGAAUCACAAUCGAUGUAUAGUGAUUCUCCGUGAGAUUCCCGAGUCCACACCUUUAGAGGAUGUGAAAAAUUUGUUCAAAGGGGAGAGUUGUCCAAGGUUUGUGAGCUGUGAGUUUGCAGCCAAUGACAGUUGGUACGUGACGUUUGACUCGGAUGCGAGUGCCCAGCAGGCGUAUCAGUACCUACGUGAGGAACAGUGCACCUUCCUCAAUAAACCUAUACUGGCAAGAAUCAAAGCCAAGCCUCUGAUACGGAUGACGUAUCCACGUAAUGGUUACAGACCUCAGUAUCACCAGCAACAACAGGCUGUACAGCAGCAGCAACAACAACAACAAACACAACAACAGACAGUGGCUGGAGUGACCUCCCCUCCUGCUGUUCCUGUCUCACAGGCAGAGCAGGUGGUUGUUCAGCAGCAGCAGUCACAACAACAAACACAGCAACAGACACAGUACCAGGUGCAGCAACAGGUGCCCAUAAUGACGCCGUACAUCAAUGGUCAGCAGACACUUCCAUUUUUCCCCAAUGCUGCCCUGCUGCCAUCAUGGCCAACAAAUGUAAACGUUUCUAGUCCGACUCUACUGGAUCCCAGUAUGGUAAUUACGACUCCCUCCUCCUCCUCCUCUUCCACCCCAAUAGACUUCAUGAGACUGAUGCAGGCCAAAGCUGUGAAGAGUCCCACUUGGAGUCAUAGAGAUGAAAGGGAUCACAUAGUAACCCUGACUGAGAUGGGGCAGGUUUUGAUGAAAGAGGUUUUGGCAAUCAAUGGAUACCAGGCUACUAGUGUCGCCAAGUUAAACUCAGGGCCUCGGCACCAGUACAACAACGUCAACAGAAACAGUAGAAACCAGCGACCUGUUCGACUUAACCAAGAGCACCGUAUGCAUUCAGAUAACCGUCCGAACCAGGACCGCCAACAGGGACCUUCAGGAGGAUCAAUGGAUCGCCGUGGUGACAACACAGGAGGCGGAGGUGGCGGUAGUCACCGCACAAGUCCCCGCAACUCUGACAGUUCACAGAUAUCGGGGCAUCACUCCCCGUUCCACCGUGAUAGCCGAAGGGGGGAUAACUCUAAUAUGAACCACUCUCACAUGGUGCAUUCAUCAGUUCAGCAACAACAGCACCAAACACAACCAGUUACGGACAAUAAUUCCAAUAUCACAGUCAAUAAUAGACAAUCGGAUAAUUUAUCACAACGGAUGCCUCGGAGCUAUAGAAGUCGCAGGCGAAGAGACGAUGAAGGUGCUAGAAAUAUGCGACCUAGUUCUUCCCAAGCCGUCGCCAAAGACAGUAAACUACCUAGUGAACUACAGUUUGACCUAGAAAUCAAUUCGUUCCCACCAUUGCCUGGACCGGUAGCAGCGAAUUCUUCUACUGCUGGUGAUGUCUUUGAGAGCAAGUUGUCUGACGUUGUCAAGGGAACUGCUAAGCCCCUGGUACGGGAAUCCAAGGCAUCCCCGCCCCCUGUACCUCCCCCUCCUCCUCCACCAUCAGCCUCCGUACAGUCUCCACCGGUGGCGAUGGUGACCCCACAGCCACAGAUACCAGUCGCUGUGACAGCCACGACGACGUCAGUGCCUGCUACCACCCGACCCUCCAGUCCGCCAAAGUCCCGGGAGUCGACCACGACCACCAUCACAGCGACGACCAGCGGGUCCAGCGGAAACACAUCAACAGUGCCAUCUGGUGGUAAUGCCAGCUGUACAGCCACGGCUACACCAGUGACACGAGUGCCAUCACCACCAGUAAUACCACAAAAGUCCGUCAAGACAGCAAGUAUGCCAGAGAGUCAGCCAAAAUCUGCAGAAAGCCACGUGUCUCAGCGACCUGUCAGCAGUGCUCCCAAGACUCAGGAAAAGCCGGUUCCAGUUCAGCAACAGGCCCAGGUCAAACUUACAUAUGCUCAAAUGUUGGCACGAGGCCGAGAAGCCGAAGCCGCGUCAGCUGCUGCGGCAGCUGCUGAGGGCGGCAGUAAACAACGCAGCAGUGACGAGUCGGGAGAGGAAGACUCCAAGACCGCUGCUAGUGUGCGUGCCAGUCAAACACUUAAAGAGCAAUCUCAGACAAUUAAAACGACUUCUGCCAAUUCUAGACCCCCAGUAAAGGACCAGGGGCGAAGGGACUUUGAACCUAAAGAUCAAAGGUUUGGGGGUGGCCGCCGGGCCAAGGAGAACCGUGAGCGGAGGGACAGGAGACGUAGUGAACGGGAUGGAUCCCGGUCAUCGACGAAAUAAACAAUGGCAAUUGACCGCUUGAAAUGAUACACCAGCAAUACUCUAUGGAAUCGGAGUUUCCAACAUAUGGUGAAUGGAUGGUGGAAUAUAGGCUUGUACGCCGGACUUUUGGCUUGUACGCCGAACUAUUGGCUUGUAUGUAAAAGACUUAAGACUGUGUCAUGGUACUCACUGAUGUUUGGUGAAUCUGUACAACACACAUCAUUGGAUCAAUAACAGAUAUCUUCUGAAAUUGGAUAUGAUGCUUACAACAGGUUGACUUUUGAAAUUACGAAGUGUUGAGAAAUUUUAAUCUAAAGAUAUGCAAGUGAAGCAGUGAAUUGAAAAAAGGAAAUUGAUCCUUGAUGAUUUUGUAUGGUACCUGACUCGCUGAAGAGAUUUUAUUUGUCAGAAAGGUUUGCUGCAAUGAAAUGUACAAGCAAGAUGAGUUUGAACAGCUAAACUGAGCCUGGUAUAUUUGUGAUAUUGGACUGUGCAUAGUGUCGGCACUAGCUCUUCCCUGCCAACUGCAGAAUGAUGCAAGGUGUGGAUCACUAGCCAGACAUCAAGUAUUAUGGGAUGUCGCAAGGGGUUUGUCCAUCAGCGUCGCUUGCAUAUGAUCUCUAGAACUCGCUACCUGCUGUUCUGUCACACUUCCUGUGAGAUGGGAGUAGGACACGGUUCAAACGUUUCCGUGGACAAGCAUUUUGUUCAAGAGACAGGUGUCUGCUCUUGUGUGCAAUGGGUGGCCAGAAAAAUGUGUUGAUACCUUGAUAGGAUGAAAAUAGUAUUGAAAAAGAUAUAAAAAACUUUUUGGAGAUAUUAUUAUAUAUUGUUGGACAGGGAGAUAGCCUCCGUAAUGUAGUCGCACACUGUAGAACCUUGUUUGACAAUGGCGAACGUGUUACUGGUUGUUGCAACCAUAAGUGGCCAGCUUGGUAGUUUAUCGGUGUAAUUACGACCUGUAGCGUGGUGCAUGCCAGUCACGUAACUGUUUUUCUACCUCUCUGUCUCUCCCUUUUCUGUUCUUUCUUUCUGUAAUCGCUGCUGAGCCGCACUUAGUGGGGACAGUUCAACUAGUUACCACUGAAAUACAAUUUCAGGCAAUUCAAAAUUUUCAGUUAUUUUGUUUGAAUGAAAUGUGUCUUCAAAAAUUGUCACAAUUGAGAGUUUGAACUUCAAUUUGAAAUCAUCAUUUUUAGCAUUUUUGGUCCAAGAAAGCCUGUGUAUUAAAAACGAAUAGUCAAGGUAAAGCCUGAAUCAAAACCUGUUACUUUAUAUGCAGGCUUUCUUAUACAAGCUUUGUGUUAAGUGUGUAAUUUUGUCAAAAACACACUUGAAGGAUUUUCUGUUUAUGGAGAUUUCCAAACAUUACCUCCUCAGCACCGAGAGUCGACAGUUCAUGAUUUGUGAUAUCUGUACAUAAGACGUACCUGCGUUACAGCUACAUGUCAAUGUAUACACAGAGAAACAACCACAGGGUCUGGUUCUUACAGUAUCAGCCUUGGUAUCAACCACUAAAUCAACAAGUUCUAUUUACAUUACAAAUGUAUUUCUAAAUUUGUUCUGUAACUCAUCUUCGAGAGCAAUAUUCCACUUCACACAUGUUAUUCUGCAUCAAAUGUCAAUUGCUGUUGCACCGAUCUCUGAAUGUGAUCAUGAUUGCAAGAUAAAGUGAUCAUACCCUUACAACUCCAAUUUGUUAGACAGAGUUAGAACUGUAAUGGGGAUGGUUAGGAGACAGGUGCUCUAGAUCUGUGAAAGCUUUGCCAGUUCCUUGGUUGUCUCCAGCAACAACAGCUGUUGAUACCGGAACUGAUAUUGUAAGAACAAGCCAGUUGUUAUCUUGAAAUGGUGCCUGCAUGCAUUUAAUUCUAUUUGGUCAUAUUUCCCCGUACCCUUGUCGAGGGUAAAUUGUACAGAGCUAUGUCGAGGCGAGAACCUCUUUAAAUACAUAAAUAUAACCAAGUGUCUGUACAUAAAGGACUAAGUGUGUAGAAAAUCUAACCAGUAUUCAACAUUAUUUAAUAGUGAUUUAGCACAUCCAUUUUAAAGUUAUUUGUUCAAUAUUUGUUUGUGUUUCUUCUUCCUUUUUUGUUAUUAGAAGUGGAAAUAUACCCAAAAUGUUAUUUUUGGAUGACUCACUUAAGCUUCUGCCAUGAAAUCUGUAUCUCCUUGUCAGGUUUUGUGCAAAACGUUUAUUUUCAAAUGGAAUACUUCUAGGUGUACUAUCCAGGUCUCCCGAAUGUUUUAAAACGUAGAAAAACUUUCCUGCAAAGCUUCCUAUUUGAUGACAAUCUUUACAGCUCAAAAAUAUAUCUGUAAUGUGCUGGUAGUACAAAACAUUUUUUUCUCCCUCGUAUGCAGGUUUAGUUUUCAAGUGUCGUACAUAUAUUGAUUUGUGUAAUUAUUGUAAAGUAGCUGUUACAGAAUAAGAAUCACAAGUAAUCUUGGGGGGAAAUUACAUAUCUUUGGAAGUAUGUCAUUUGAAAUUUAGAAUAUUUUCUAUCAAAUUUUGAAAUAUCUUUUGACGAUUUCUGAAAAUUCUUUAAAAUUAAGAUGAAUCAGAGACUGAGGUCCCUUGCUGAUAAAGACAAGACCAUCAGGCAGAGGCAAUGUGCUAGGUGGGACAUCUGUAAAAUAUUCAAUAGUUGCUGUCGGUACAUUUCGCUGUUUUAGCUAGCGCUACCAAUGAUAUUAGUAUCGUGCUACUAUCCAUUUUGUAAACAGGAUUUUGUUUGAAAUUCAGUUUAAUUUCAAGGUAUAAAGAUACAUUUAUCAAGAUUGUUUUUAAUCGCUGAAAGUUUAUGGAGUGAUCACAAAUUACUUGAUUAACUGUGAAAUUCAAAAAUACUGAGGUAUAACCAAUUACACAGAAAUAUUUAUAUUUUGAAUUAAAAUUAAACCUUUAAAAUGCUGCCAUAAAAUAGAAUAAUAAUUAUAAUUUUAUUGUGAAAAUUAAGUCAAUUUUACUUUGUACAGUAAGAUUCCCUCUCCCAACCCCUCCCUUUUCCCCUCAUUUGGCAACCAGAUAAAGAUAGAACUUUCAAAUUCUGUUAGAGUUGUGAAUUGAGUAGGUAAUGUACGAAAUGUUUUGUUCUACUAUGAUAAUAUAUAUAUAUAUAUAUGUUUUGCUGCUAUGAGUAUCUGACCUAGUAUUUGGAUCCCAUGUUGUGCUAUAGUAAUUAAUUAAAAGGAGUUUGUAUGUAUGCUUGUUGGCUUUCAAAUGUGUUUUUCAAGAGUGAUGAAAGAAUUUUUGCAUUUGAAGGAUGCUUAGGUGUUGAUGAAAUAUAUAUAUGAAGGGUGCGAGACUAUGUGAAUUUUCAUGUAUUUUAUUGAGGUGCACAGGAGCUCUUAAGACUAAUAUGAUCAUGUACACAUUGCAAUAGAUUGUAUUUACCCAGGAUUCAAUAUUCAAUUUUAUUAUAAAACUGUCGUUUUAAUUGUAAAGCAAUGUAGAAUUUCCCUUCGGAUGCUAUUGCCAACUGAAUCGACACAGUAUGGUCAUUAAAUUUGUAAGUUUUAAAUAGUACUGAAGUUCUGAAGCUCCAAUUGGAAGAGCUGCAAUAAGUUAAAGCACAAACUUCUGAAGUGAAGGGAGAUAAUUCUUGUAAAUUUUAUCUAAACUGCGCAGUUGAUCCAUUUCAUUGAGAUUAAUGACAGUGUGCUAGAUCUUCUAUGACAAUGAUGCCAUUGCUUCUGAAUUAUUAAGAAUGAUAUUACGCUUGGCAAACUUAGGUUAUACUAUGUAGGAGUUAUCUGCUGCAAUGUGAACACAAUGUGUUUGUCUUAUCUCCUCUCUACAACCCAUGUCUGAUCAUGCUGUUGUCCAAUGAUGCUUGUAUUCGUCUGGUGACACAGUUAACAUUGUUGAAUGUAGUUGUAAUAUUUGUGUUUUUUUGACUUUUUAAUACUGUGCGAUUUCUUAUUAUGAAUUAUUAUAAAUAAUUAUUAUUGUACUUAUCAUUGUUUUCGUUCACGCACUUAGACAAGUCAUUUUGUUUUAGGUUUGGGCUUUUUUUAGUGUUAUACAGAGAUAUGAUUGGAUGAUUGUACAUGUGUGAUAUAUAUAGAUAUUACCUGUUGAACCUUGCCACCCCCUCAAGUCUCGAUACUGGAUGAUGAUGGGCUGUCCACUCAAGUUAUUUCUGAAUGUUAGGUUUCAGUGUUAGAUGAGAUCCUUUUUAGAUUAACAUCACCAAUGUGAACCUUGGUGUUUCUUCACCAAGAGACGCCAGCAGGAAUUGGUUGCUCAGUGCAUAUAUUCGGCCUUUUUUGUAUAUCGCGGUCCAAACGGUUGAACCGGUUGGACCAGAGUUCGUUUAUGAAAUCAGGUCGGACUCAGUAAUCUGAUGCUGCUUUCAAGCGAGCCUUGACAAAGCCUUGCAAGGCCUGCAUAAACUUUUGUGGGUCCACUGGGAUUUAAACUAGAAAAUGUUACAUUUAAAAAGGGACGUACCGGUUGUUCCGUAUUGACGAACAGGCCCCUGGCAAUGUAAAACUUCUGGUGCAUUGAAGCUUCUCAAGCACCAUGAUCAUUCUGGUGCACUGAAGCUUCUCAAGAACCAUGAUCAUUCUGGUGCACUUAAGCUUCUAAAGAACCAUGAUGAAGCGUCUACAGCACUUUGAUCUUUCUGUUUUGAACAUUAACCUUAUUGGCAUGAACUUAAAAUCAUAUAGGGUUGACCAUUUGAGGAGAUUAGGCUUGAAACUGGUUCACAGUGAUACUUUCUCUAACUCAGGUGACCCUGAAUAUCUGUUAGCAGCUUGGGGGGAAAAUGUGUAACUUCUUUUUCAAACCAUGAUGCACGUUUCAGUUAAAUUGGGCCUCAGACAGAGCAUAGGUUGUGUAGAAAUAUUCUUUAAAUAAACAGAAAAAUAAUCUACUAAUAUUGGAUUCCAUUGUAGAGUUAGCAAAAUGUGUCUGGUCUGCAAAGAUAAAACUUAGUAAAAUUGAGUCUCAGUCCUGUCUUGUUAAGAUUGCAUCUUAGUGACUUGAGGGGUUGUUGGGUAAACAGGCCACGUGUAUUUGGAGAAAAUUUAAAUCACAUUCUUGUAAUUAAUAUGAACUUUGUCUUACUAGUUGUGGACUAUAAUUUAGCCAAAUCUUGUUUUCAACAUUCACAUAACAAACCCCCCAUAUCAGACAAUUUACAAAAAAAUGGUAUUUUUGUAAAUGUGAAAUAUGAAAAUGUGUUCAUUCGAGUGAGGAGUCGCUAUAUUCUGUCAACAUUUAUUCCCUGAAAUAAUAUUGUUUACUUUUUAAUUUAUUGCUCAGAAUAUAUAGUGCUGUGCUUUUUGAUAGGAGAAUGAAAUGUCAGAAAUUUAAAAACCUAUAAUUUGUAGAUUGUAUGAAGUGAGCGACACUUAAUAUCAUGCUUUGCAAUUAACUACUGUUUAAAAAAAGUCUGCAUUUACUGCAUUAUGCUCCUUUGAUCAUUCGCUAACAAUCUGAAUCACUUGUGAGUUUGACCUGUUAUGAAUAACAGCGUAACAUUGUGUAUGUUUAAUCUGUAAGAUUGUGGAAUUUUUGUUUUCUAUGAUGACUGAUGUGGAAUUUUUAACUUUUAUGGAAAUAAAAUAUAGUACCCAAUUAUUAGAGCAUGUACACUUAAAGCAAUGUCCGGACUACAUUAAGAAACAAAAAUUGCAUUUACUUGUAUGGCGUGAUAGUAUAAAAAGGUAAAUUUUCUGUCUUGGCUGAAAAUAAAAAAAAUGGAAUUUGGAAAAAAACAUAAAAAAUGUAUUGACCAAGCAACGAUCUGUAGAAAGGUAUAUAUAAUAAUUCAAGAUUUUGUUCUGAAAUCUUUAGGUGUUAAAAUAAAAAAAAUCCACGAGGAUGUGAGAAAUAUAUUUUAACUGGUGUUAUUCAGUUGUGGUAUACAUGUUGUGUGUUGAUAUGGAAUGUGAUUUGUGCGAGUAAUAUUCGAAUAUGUGAAAAUUAGCUGUCUCUGGGAGAAUUGCUUGUGGAUUUUUUCUUGAAUUUUUUGGUCAAUUUAAAAAAUAGCAUACUUGUAUAUAGAUGCAAAGUCAAUGAGAUGCGUAAAAUAAUGAAAACGUGUCAGAUAUUUUUGUGAAUCACAUUAGCUGGGUAUAGACAACUGUCUUGUGGCAAUGUAAAGCUGCAAUUUCAUCAGCGUCCUUGGUUUGUAAAUAAUUUUCUUGUUGAUGUAAUUUGUUAAAUUAGGGUAUCUCUGUUUUAAUAUUGAUUACAAAGUUUUUUCCGUGGGCGAUGAUUCAUUCAGGUGAUGAUUUAUUCACUGUUGCUGCCAAUCACUUCUGUUUAUUUUGUUUAAGAUUCAGCAUUUGGGACAUCGACACUUUCAUCCAAAAGUCUGAUACAGUACCUUGUUGAUGCAAUUCUAAUAAAGAGAAACAUUUUAAAUAGAUGAAGAUUCAAUUCUAAAAUUAUAAAUCAAUUAAGAGCUGUCUUGCAUAUAAUUCCUCUAAAAAAUCAAGAAUUUGCAAUUGUUCAAUUCAAAGUCACUUAAGUAAAGAAUUUCUGCUUUCUUGUCUGUCCAUGUUGAAUAUUAAUGUUGAAAGAACUUUUUUCUUUGAGUAUGUGCAGGUUGGAAUGGCAUUAAUCAUUUGUAUGAAAUAUAAUACAAUUGUCAUUUUGUUUCAAUUUUAGUACAGCUCACCAUCUACAUAUAUUUUUCAAAUUAAAAAAACCUUUGAAAGUUAUUGAUGUAAUAUAUAAAACCUAAAUGUGAACUGAUUCAUCAUUUGACAUUGUUCCUUUAAUUGUUUCAGGGUAUAUGUGCUUGAUAUAUGGUAAAAGUGACCUACAUAUUCAUUUAAAAUAAUGCUGUCUGGAUUGAUAAAAGUGUUAUAUUUUAAUGUGUUGCGAAUUUUUUUUAUAUUGAUCAGCAUUUUUCAUGGACCACUCUUUCGUCAAAUAGUAGUAGAAACACAUGCAGUAUUUUAGAAAUAGCUGAAGGAAGUUCAGUGCGGCAAGGGAACAUAGCCCUACACCUAGUCAGUUUUAUCAUUACUGUGGAAACCUGUUUAUCAGACACUCUGGUGUCUUGAUCAUGUGUGAGCAUUCAGAUAAGUACUACAAAAUCAAGUUGGUUGGAAAUCUCCUCUGAUAUCAAUGUACAAUGUAUCAGAAACGAUACUCUCCUCAUACCUCUGAUAUCAUGUACAAUGUAUCAGAAAUGAUACUCUCCUCAUACCGAUAGAUUAUGUUUGUCUUGUAUCUUUUUGUGAUUUCUUGAAAUUUACAUUUCAUUCACUUUGAGUGGAAAUCAUCCUUUAGAGGACUCCAAUAGAUACAUUUCAGAUGUACGUUGUAUCUUACAAUUUAUUCCAUAACAAAAUUGUUCAAGUUUCAUUUAACAUUGGUGAAUUUCUUGAACACAAAUUUCAGAAAAUCAAUUUACAGUUCAAUAAUUAUUUGUAUUUACAAAUGAUCAGUGGGAACAUUUUAUUUUAUUAUUUAAACAUGAUAUGAAUUCUCAACUUAAAACCUAUGUUUUACAAGAAAUAGUAAGUUGAUAUAUAUAUGUUUUGUCAGUAACCCUGAAGCAACAGCUGGAAAUUAUCUAAUUGUUAACAUGACAAAUAUAAUAGUAUGGCAGUGUAAUUUUGAAGUAGUUUAACCCUUUCACCCCUGGAUGUUGACAAUAGAAUGUCCGAUUUAUAGUCUUGGAAGAAUCUUAAAUAUGAUUUAAGGGGUCAAUAGAUUAAACUAUUUCUCUCUCCCCUUAUUAAUUUUGAGAACACAUUUGUGUUUUCCGACAGUGGAUUAAAUUCAUACUCAUGAUUGAGGAAGAAUAGGUAUCCCCGAAUCAUUAUAAUGAAUGUAUGUGUGGUUUGUAAGAUUAUUUAUUUGUUAAAUUCAUUAAAAUUCUGUGAUUCAAUAGCCCAUUUUAAACCUCAAUGCCUUUGAUGCCAUGCAGAUGAUCACCUGUAUCAAUUAUUCACUGAAACAUCUUAUUGGUUUUCACCUGUUAGACUUUCUAAACGAAAAAAUACUGGAGAAAUUGAGUUUCAAAAAUUGGAUUUUUUUUUUUUCUGUUGUGAGGUGCUCACGUUUGGUUUGCUGUUCCAAGCCUUCACCUCACUUGCUACAGUUUGCUAUGAUUCAUAAUGUGCUUCCAUUUUUGUUUCUCUGUAAACCAUUUUAAAGUAAUGUUUAAAAUUAAAAUCAAACAGUUGUUGGUUAGUUGGAUAAGAAUGUUAUUGGGGGGAAAACCCAGCAAUUACAAAAUUGAAAGAGUGUUAAAAUGGUAUAUUACAUAUAAACCUUAUGCCCAUACUUAUAGUUUUUGUACAUGUAAAAUGUACUUCUCACAUUUCAUUGGGAUGGGGUUUUUGUCACUCGAGAUCUGUAGUUUUGUCCUGCCCAAUCGUCUCUGAUGAAUUUAGUUACAUGACUAUAUAUAUAUACAGGUAUCCCUGGCAGUGAAAUGUCCCAGCUUCCAUUUCUAACUGUAUUAACUUGCGUCCAGAAGGUACAUGUUUGAAAACAAAUUCAGUCAAUACUUGUUCCGUUUCGUUUCUUUUGUUUUGGGAAAAAGUUUUUAGUAUACUUAUGUAUAUAUGUAUAUCUUCAAAGGAAAAUUUCUUAAUAUGCCUUUCAUUUAUUUCCUUAUGAUUUCUACGGAAUUGUAGAUAUUCUGAAAAGUGUCGGAAGGUAUGAAUGUAAUUCAUUGUUUAAAUAGUUUUUUCUCUAGUAUGUAAAACCCUUGUUCUCUAGUUCACAUGAAGAGUACUUCAUUUAUAGAUAUGUCGAUAUUCUGUUUUGAAUUUUUAUGUUGGACACAGCUCAGAAUAUAUGUACAUGUAUAUAUCAUACAUUUAUGAAUUUUUUGACAUUGGAAAAAACCUUGCCUGUGUAAUCAUGACAGCCCUGGCUAAGAGAUGAUUCAGGGUAAAACUGCAUGUCUUCGUUCAUGUAUUUUUUUAUUGGGCAUACAUGUGAUUUGAUUAAAUUAUUGACAAUUUUUCGGGGUUAAAACAAGGACAUCCAAUAAAGAACAUCCUCAUCAGA